AUGAACGGAUCAAACAAAACAUCAGUGUUCACCAGUGACGCUGACUCUUUUGACCAGAUAACAGCACAUAUAAAAAGAGUUUUAUCAGAUUUGCAAAAAGUUGUUGACAGUAUUAAUCAAAUGAGAGUGGAGGCUAGCCACAUGGAGUGCGACCUAAUGUUGGUAUUAAAUGCCAGCUCCUGGGAAAACGUUGCUAGCUUUAUAGGCCAUGCACCACAACAGUUUAUAGGUUAUGACAUGAAAAGUGAGGAAUAA